GCGUGACGUCACAGGGCUGUAGUGGUGGAGCCUCAUCUUGUUGAUGCUCCGCCGCCGCCGCCAGGCUUUUCCAGUACGGAGAAGACCCCCGGCGAGUGAGGACCGAGGCAAGUGCUACAACCUUUUUUGAAUGAAGCCUACGGGAACAUCGCAGAUUCUCCACGAUGCAUGUGUCCAUCUACCGGAGGAAGAGUAUCGUUUAAAAAAAGAGAAGAACAGCCCGCGGGAUAAACAAAAGGAGUUGUUCCAAAAAGCCAGAAAGGAAGAGACGAGAAGAGCCAGAGCGCGCUCAGACAUGGCCGGCACGCAGACCAGCUUGAAGAGCCCCUUCAAAGGCCUGAGCUCCUUCAAGGGCAGCAUGAAGCGCCUGUACCGCGAGCGUCCGGAGGACGCGCCUAUCAAAAAGCGAGUGAUGGCCGAGAUUAAGCUGAAGCGCCGCGGCUUGGAGUCUUUUCACAAGGCGGCCAAGGUAAAGCGGGAGCAGGUGGACGAGGCGCACCAGCCACUGCGACGCGCUGAUGCUGAAGCCGAGUUCCUCGCGGCCGCCUCAGCCAAGGCGCUGGACCUGAGCCCGGGGCUCAAGCAUACGCUGGCCCAGUUCACGUUGAGUAGCCAGAGCUCCCUCGGGGGACCGGCCGCUUUCUCGGCGCGCACCGGCCACGAGCACUCCCACGGCGGCGUGCCCCCGUUGCCCUCCCCUCCCGUGUUGGGAGGCGGCCCCCUGCUGGUCCCCUGCGACAGCUCCACCGAGCUCACCCACUCCCUGCUAGAGGGCGAAUCCAUCUCCUGCUUCGUGGUGGGCGGCGAGAAGCGGCUGUGCCUGCCCCAAGUGCUCAACUCGGUGUUGCGCGACUUCUCGCUCCAGCAGAUCAACACGGUGUGCGACGAGCUCUACGUGUACUGCUCGCGCUGCGACGCCGAGCAGCUGCACAUCCUCAAGGUGCUGGGCAUCCUACCCUUCAAUGCGCCGUCCUGCGGCCUCAUCACGUUGACCGACGCGCAGCGGCUGUGCAACGCGCUGCUACGCCCCGGCGCCGCGCCGCCCGCAGAACUGGGCGCCGACUUGUUGGGGCGCGGCCCGCUCAAGGAGAGCGAGGCCGGCUUCCGGGUGGAGCACCAAUGCCUGGGCAAGUGCCAGGGCCUCUUCCUGCCACGCUUCUACACGCAGCCCGAGGCGCCAUGCGUCCAGUGCGUAGAGUGCCACCUGCUCUUCUCGCCGCAGAAGUUCGUCAUGCACUCGCAUAAAUCGCCUGACAAGAGGACCUGCCAUUGGGGAUUCGACUCGGCCAAGUGGCCCUGUUACCUGCAGCUGGCCAGGAAGUACCAGGGCUCGCCCGAAGAGGGCGAGCUCCAGCGGCUGCUGGACGAGGUCAAAGACAAGUUCCACUACCAACUCAAGAGGACGCUCGACAAGAAGGCGGCUGCGGGGGAUGAGGACCAGGAGAACCAGUCUCGCAAACCCUCGGCGGACCUUUGCUCCCCCAGCGGCAAGUUGGCUGAAGCCGAGCCCACGAGGAAGGGUAAGACGUCUCCAACCUUGGUGUACAAUCAUCUUUUUCCGGACAUCAAAGAGGAGCCGGGGCACCCCACGCUGGUCCACCCCAGCUAUUACCUGUACACGUAUGAUAAGAUGGUGGCUCCCAACGUGUCCCUACGCAGGGAGGCGGAGAUGAGCCCCGAGAUGCUGGGAGCGCUGCUCAAGCACCACUACAGCCGAGGGGUGCCGCACCAUGAUGAGCCUCCCAUGGAUCUUCAUGCGUCUCCUCCACUGGCUGAGGAGGCCAAAUCCCAACACGACGCCGAGCGGGAAUGCAAAACCCAGGCAGUUUCCAUGGAGACGAGCAACCUGAGCGGCAAGAUAGCCGCCCGCGCCCGCAGCCCUCCUCCUCCUCAUCCCGCAUCGCCGCCGCCCGUGACCGAGGCGGCAGAAGACGACACGGGAUGUGCCGUCAAUAUGACGAUGGGGGGACCGGAAGACGACAAAGACAGGAUCGUGGUUGAGAUCAUGCAGAUGUACAGCAGGCAGCAGGAGAAACUCAACUCCACUUUGCAUAAGCAGCUACAGUUGGAGAUGGAGCUGGAGGCGUUACGUGGCGGGGAGGCGGCGCGGCUCCGCGAGCUGAGCGCCGAGCAGAGGGAGCUACGCAGCGAGCUGGAGGCGGUCCACAGCGAGCAGGCGCGCCAGCUCGGACAGGCCCGCCAGGAACAGCUGGAGCUGGAGGCGCGUCUGGAGCAGCUUCGGCGGCAGGCGUGCACUUGCGAACCCUCCGCUCAGCGACAGCAGGAGGCGCAUUAUGCCGCGCAGUUGUCGGAGCUCCGUCAGAGGUUGGAACGCGCCGAGGCGGACCGACAGGAGCUGCAGGACGAGCUGAGGCGGGAACGGGAGGCGCGCGAGAACCUAGAGCGCACCAUCGGCCAGCUCAAGCAGCAGAUGGCCCAGUCGGGAGGCGCCGUCCCGGCCGGGGGCAGCCCCUCGCCUCCCCUCACCCCAUCCACCGGACCCCCUAACGCCCAUUCGCCGGCCUCUGAGAAGUAGCCGUCCUAUUUCCUCAUAGAACUUUUAACAUCAAAGAAGAAAAUCGUCUUUUGUAUUAUUAUUAUUAUUAUUAUUUGUAACCUUCCGCUCUGUUCUCAACAAACAGUAUUUAAAGACUAUUUUUGGUUUGUUCAGCAUGUGAUAUUAAUUUAUACCCUUUAAACGGACACCUCCAUCACCACCAUUCACGCUGCUCGGUUUGGAUUUCCUUAACGCGCCUCCUGAACAGCAAAGUCACGUAAAAACGGAUGGGAUAUACUUUCGCCACCUCGCUUUUACAAAGCCGUCCUCCCGCAACACUGUGCCCCCCCCUCCAUCCUUGGAAAUGAAACACUGUGCUCCUUUGUUCCGGUGUACUUGACAGACCACCGCCCCGGACCCGUAGCCCCCCCUCGGGAAAGGAAUGUGUUUGCAUCCAGUGGGGCGUUUUUGUUUGCUUCCACGAGGAAAACAAAGGCAGCUUUUGAUCAUAACGCAACCGGGCGCAGAGACGUCACUCAUAGUUUUUGACAAGACAACUCCCACCAAUAUUGUGCCACGCCUUCCCGUAGGGGGCCACCCUAGGCAGAACCUUGAGUUGGCUUUCACUGUGAUAAAUAGGGGUGUGACAAAAUAUCGAAAUGGUGAUAUAUCGUGAUUAGGGGUGUCAAACGAUUAAAAUUUUUAAUCGAGUUAAUUACAGCUUAAGAAUUAAUUAAUCGUAAUUAAUCGCAAUUAUUCGCAAUUCAAACCAUCUAUAAAAUAUGCCAUAUUUUUCUGUAAAUUAUUGUUGGAAUGGAUAAGAUAAGACCCAAGAUGGAUAUAUACAUUCAACAUACGGUACAUAAGUACUGUAUUUGUUUAUUAUAACAAUAUAUCAACAAGAUGGCAUUACCAUUAUUAACAUUCUGUUAAAGCGAUCCAUGGAUAGAAAGACUUGUAGUUCUUAAAAGAUAAAUGUUAGUACAAGUUAUAGAAAUUCUAUAUUAAAACCCCUCUUAAUGUUUUCGUUUUAAUAAAAUUUGUAAAAUUUUCAAUCAAAAAAUAAACUAGGGGCAGUUUACAUGGUGACUCUCCGAGAAGACGAAAAAUUUCAUGUUUGCAUUUAUAAGGUUCCGAUUCCAUUCGAAUAAUGUUGCAAUUCCGUAUGAAAACGAUGUAGUAUUCAUGCCAGGACCUAGGCGGCAGUGCAGAUUUACAAGGUGACAGCGAAUGAUGCACUUUGACCCCCUCAGCCCGGAAGACAACAUGCCCGCCCUCUCCAAGAAAUGGCAUUUUAUUUUGUUCAAAAAGGCACAAAAAAAUUGUAAAUUAGUAAAUUAAAGCCGACGUUCCGCCAUUUGCUGUUUUUAAUGUUUAAUAGCACCGCUGCGCACGCCCGUGUGAUGUGCGCGAAUGCUUCCGUCAUCGAAACGAAGGCAGUUCCCGUGCAUCUGAAUGCACUGCAAUCCCCCGUAAUCGAAUUCGUCCACUUUAGAGGUAAGAUUCAGAAUUUUUCGUCUUCGCCGACACCAUAUGCACGCGAGGCAAUUCCGCUACUCAGUCAUUGCGUCUUCAUGUCGCCAUGUAAACUGCCCCUAGUAGCCCUCCAUUGUUGAUCUCAAUAAAUACUUCCACAAUGCUCAUGGGUGCUGAAGCCUAUAAAAUCAGUCGCACCCAAGCGCCAGCAGAGGACGAUAAAGCUCCGAAUAACACAACAAGUACACAUUACACUUUGCUGUCAUAUUAAUAUGUUUGAGCGGGGCAUUUGUGCGUUAAUUGCAUCAAAUAUUUUAACGUGAUUAAUUUUAAAAAUUAAUUACCACCCGUUAACAUAAUUUUGACAGCCCUAAUCGUGAUACUUUGUAUCCCAAAAGGUUAUCGAUAUGCUCCUGUCAAGAAUCAAGAUAUCGUUUAAAAAAGGUGUCAAUUAGAAGGGGAAAAAAAGGCUGCCAUUGACUGUGCUCGACGCCUAAUCCAUUUAGACUGCUAGCGUUCGUUCAUUCAAAACCAGAGUAUUCACAGUCAUUCGGUCCGAUUUUCGGGGCAUUUACAGGUUACUUUCUGUUCAUUUUAGGGAAUUUACAGGUCAUUCCUGUAGAGUUUGAGUCACUGCCUAUUCAUUUGGGUGAUUACCAGGUCACUUCCUGUUUUGUAACGCAAAAUAAACAGCAAGUGACCCAUAAAAUACCCCAAAAUCAACAGAUAGUAACUGAAAAUCAACAGACCUUAAAUGGCCCAAAAUUACUCAUGGCCUGGCAUCGGCUGCCAUUGACGGCCAUAGACGUUCAAUCCGUUUGAAGUGGGAGGGAUGGCAGCGAAUGAACGAAUGUUCAUUCGCUGCCACCCUCCCAGUUCAAAUGGAUUGGACGUCUACUAGUGAUAAACUCAUUCCAAUUCACACUAGAAGCUUGUUUUCUGUUAAUUAGUUUGUAGAAUAUCCCAGAAUGAUUUCCUGACCAAUGUAUCGAUCGUCGGAUCAUCAUUAUCGUGAGCUUUGUGUCGCAAAUCGUAUCGUAUGGUGAGGUACCAAGAGGUUCCCACUCCUAGUGAUAAACACGCUGCGUUCAAACGCCGGAUUUAGGUGGAAAAAGGACGAAGGUUUUACUGCAUACAAGCAGGCAGGAGUGUCUCAAGAGUGAUUUGGUCGAGGAUUCAAGGUAAUUAUUAUAUUAAAUAGCACCAUGCAUGCACUUUGAAACGUGAAAAAAAAACUGGAUAAAAUUGUUGUAAGUUUGGUUUGAAAUAUUCACGUAAAAUGAACCAUAACUGCCCGUUUUUUGCUUUCAACCAAGAAUCUAGACUAUUUUACGUUCAUAUUUUUAGAAAUUCUGCGAUUCAAGCAUUUACUUGCAAGAAUUUUGUACUUGAAAAGCUCUUUAUUCCCUGACGGGCGCCAUGUUGGAUUAAACAAUACCGUAACUUUGGCUUGAAAUAUUUACGUGAAAUGAACGAUAACUGCCUGUUUUUUUGCUUUUAACCAAGAAUCUAGACUGUUUUACGUUCAUAUCUAGAGAAAUUCAGCAAUUUAAGCAUUUAUUUGCAAGAAUUUUCAACUUAAAAAGCUCUUUGUUUUGUGACAGCCACCAUGUUGGAUUUUGCAUCUCUAGACAAUAGCGGAAUUCAACCUAAAUAGAUUGUGAUUGUAUAUAGAAAAAUGCAAGUUUUGCUUUUGUUGAGUAAAAGUAACAAGAUUCUGCAUCCUCUCCUCAAGUAUUAAGUUUCUGAUGUGAAAAUUGAGUGAUUUAUUAGCUCUUGGAAAAAAAAAAAGAAAAAAUUCAGUUGCUGUUUUGGGCAAAAAUUUAUACGAUAUGUUAAACAUUGCUAUUGAUCCUGAAAAUAUAGGUGAUUAUCUCUGCAUUUGGAGAUUUUUGCACAUCUAGGGUAAAAUCCGAGAAUUUUAUAGCCAUUUUAAGUUUUGUUAUACUUGUAUAAAAAAAAUAAUUAAUCGGGAUUUUAUCCGGGGACGACUUUUGAAUUUUUUGAUGUCGCUGCUCAUGGAGACUCACAUAUGCCUAAGGGAGGUGCCUGUUUUGGUUUUAGGUCGCUGGCGGCUUUGGUUUUGAAAAUACUUUAAUUUAAAGUUUUUUUUCUAAAUAGGCCCAAAGCCCUGUGUCCCCGAUCGUGAAGUCUAUGCUUCACUAUGUAGAUUCUUGGUGAAAAGCAAAAAAACGGGCAGUUAUCAUUCAUUUUACGUAAAUAUUUCAAGCUAAAAUCACGCUAAUUUUUUUUUACAUUCAUUUCAUUUUUUUUCACAAUAUUUCAAAGUGCUUGCAUGGUGCUAUUUUAUGAUAAAAAUUACUCUAGGGCUUUCCUGUGUGGAGAGACAGAUCUUUACCCCGCCCAGAGCGAUCAAUAGAAUGGACAAACAUGCCCGUCAUGUUUGCCCGGCAUUAAACAAAGUAAAUGCCAUUAGAAAUGAAUGGGAAAAAAUUUGGACGUCCAUGGCCGUCAAUGGCAUCGACUUACAUAGGUGUCAAUGGAAUCCAAGUACAUCAGCAUCAGUAGAAUGGACAAACAUUGCUGUCAAUGGCCUUAAACAUAGUAAAUGCCAUUAGAAAAAAUGAAUGGGAAAUUUGGACGUCCAUGGCAGUCAAUGGCAUAAGACUUCUAAUAUAUGCGUCAAUCGUAUCGGGGGAUUUUGGGGGACACGUCCUAUUGAUAUCUGGUCAUUUCCUGUUGAUUUGGGGACAUUUGGUUUUUGCCAUUAAAAAUGAAUGGGAAAUUUGGGCAUCCAUGGCCGUCAAUGGCAUUGACUCACAUAUGCGUCGAUGGCAUCUAAGUACAUUGGCAUCAAUAGAAUCGACAUAUAUGGCCGCCAAUGGUAUUAAACAAACUAAAUGCCAUUAAAAAUGAAUGGGAAAUUUUGACGUCCAUAGCCGUCAAUGGUAUCCAAGUAUAUUGUCAUCAAUGGAAUCAACAUACAUGGCCGUCAAUGGUAUUAACGUACAUAGCCCUCAAAUACACGGCCGACAACGACAUCAAUGCAAUUUGAAGGACAUUGGAAAUGAAUGGGAAAUUUGGACGUCCAUGGCCGUCAGUGGAAUCGACUUACAUAUGCGUCAAUGGAGUCCAAGUACAUUGGCAUUAAUAGAACAGAAUCGACAUACAUAGCCGUCAAUGGCAUCAAUGCAAUGGAAAUUCCAUUGAAGGUGAAUGGGAAAUUUGAACGUUGCAACCCAUUAAAAAUGAAUAGGAAAAUUUUGGGCAAAUUUCCGGGGAACCGUAAUUUUUUUCCCAUAUUCUGUAUACAACUUUUAUGCCCCUCAGCGUCACGGAAUUUUUGACACCCAAAUUAUGUAAUUUGGUCAAAAAUUGUAGGACUAGAUUUUUUUUUUUUUGUUCUGAAAAAUUGGCGUUUACGGGCAAAUUUUUCGGUGCCAUUUGAAAAUUUACCUGCGUCGCGCAAGAUUCCGGCCGUUUCAAUACAUGAACGGUGCCGAUCGGUCAAACAGCUUGGGCUGUGCGACGUGCCGUUUUUCCCCAUUAAAAAUGAAUAGGAAAAUUUUUGGUAAAUUUCUGGGGAACCGUAAUUUUUUUCCAUAUUCUGAGUACAACUUUUAUCCGUUGUUAUGUGAUUUGGUCAAAAAUUGUAGGAUUACCUUGAAUCCUCGACCAAAUCACGCUUAAGCACUCCUGCCUGCUUGCAUGCACUAAAACCUUCAUCUUGUUUCCACCUAAAUCCGGCAUUAGAACGCAACGUGUGUUUGAGUUCAUCACAAUGAAAGCCUCCUUGAUGCUCUGCCUGGGUCGGCCCCCUACGGGAAGCCGUGGCGCAAUUUCUGUAGGAGCUGUCUCGUCAAUAACCGGGCCACCGCCCAUUCUCGUGGCUCCGCCCCCAUGAUUUGAUAUGGCGGUUACGUUCACGUUAUUCCUCCAAAGGAGUAACUCGGGGGGGGCAAAUGGUGCCACUUUUAUUCAUGUUGCCAGGCGAAGUGCUUUUUAUUGCCUCUUAAGCGAUCCCUAUAACAAAGAGUGUGUGUGUGAGUGAGUGUAUUUGUGUAAAUAAUAUUUUAUGAGUAAAAAGUAGGGGUCCCUUGAACUCAUUGGCUGCCAUUGACGGCGAUAGACGUCCAAACCAUUUUUAUUGGCACGUCUAUCACCAUCAUUGGCAGCCAAUGGGAACCUUUUAUGCAUCUGCUACAAAUGCAAAAUGAUGACAUUCCACUGUGCUCCAUCACAAAGGCAGAAUUUCAGUCAAGUUACCAGGGUCGGGAGGGGGCGGGGCUUGAAAGAAAAUAUUUAACAUAAUAUUAAACUAAAGAUUUUUCUAUUCACUUUGUACAUAUACUAGCCAUUAAUAUAUUAACUCUUCUUCUAUGGAUUAACUUCCGAAGGUUAAAUGAAUCUGGAGAAAAGCGGCUUUUGCAAAAAUAUGCAAGCUCGUCGAGUGGAUGUGGAGGAAUAAGAAAUUUAACGUCACACGUUUUCUAUCAAAUCCAACCAAGGCCAUAUGAAAAUUUCUGUACAAAAAAAAAAUAAUUGGUGGCCUUUUUCAUAACAAUUUCGCUGACGUUUCUACAAUUAUUGCCAGGCUAGAUCACACACAAUGCCCGGUCACGUGUAAUGUGAAAAUUCAUCAAUAAUAUUGUGUACAAUUGCAUUUUUGGGCAAAAAAACAACCACAAAAUAACAAAAAAUGUACAGUUUUUUGCAGGUUUUUUUGGUGCAUGUUUCGCUGCCCCUCAUGUUUACGUCACAUGAGAUCCCACUUACACAAAAAUGUCUCCCAAGCGCGCGUUAAAUAUUAAUGAGCCGGUGAAGUUCACAUGCAUGAAGUUUUUGGAAAUCUGAUCGAGAGUAUGGCUUAAUAUAAGGUCAGUGUGUGUGAAUGCGUGAGUGAGAUUGCGGCGGUUUGAAAACUAUGUUUGUACAUUCUUGACGCCACUGAAUUCAUAUUCAGUAGUAGUGUUUUUUUUUUUUUUUUUUUUUUUUUGGUCUUAAUUUUUUGGGGGGGUCUUAAUUUCAGCAGAGCCGAGAACUAAAAAAGGUAUUUGCCAUGUGGCAAAAAUUUUUGCCAUGUGGAUGCCAUGGAUUUUUUUUUUUUUAUGUGGCAUUUUUUGGGGGGGUUUAAUGUCAAUGCGCUGUAAUGGUCAAAAAUUACAGCCACACAUGUCUUUCUGCCAUUUAAUAUGAAUGGAAAAUUUGGACGUGCAUAGCAAUCAAUGGCAUAGCCUGACUUGGGUACCAAUUGAAUGUCAAAGCGCUGUAAUGUAAAGUUGAUGGUCAAAAAUCAAAGCUACACAUUUUUCUGCCAUUUAAAAUGGAAAAAAUGAAAAUUUGGACAUGCAUUGCAGUCAAUGGCAUGGACGUGCAUUGCCUGCAAAAAUGCCGUAUACCCCAAAAAAGUGCCACAUACCAACAAAAAAAAAUGCCACAGACCAAAAUCCAUUUUGCCACAUACAAAAAAAAAAAUCCCACAUGUCAAAAUCAAUUUUGCCACAUAGGUAAACGAAAUGCGACAUGGCAAAAAAAUGUCUUAUGUCACAUGGCAAAAAAAAAAAUGCCACAUGACAAAAUCAGUUUUGCCACAUGACAAAAAAAUGCCACAAAUCCAUUUUUGCCACAUGGCAAAAAAUGUCACAUGGCAAAAUCCAUUUUGCCACAUGGCAAAAAAAAAGGUCAAAUGGCAAAAUCCAUUUUGCCACAUGACAAAAUCAAUUUUGCCUCAUGACAAAAAAUGGCACAUGGCUAAUAAAUGCCACAUGGGAAAUAUCCAUUUUGCCACAUGGCAAAAAAAAUGUCACAUGGCAAAAUCCAUUUUGCCACAUGGCAAAAAAAAAAUGCCACAUGGCAAAAUCCAUUUUGCCACAUGGCAAAAAAAAUGCCACAUGGCAAUAUCCAUUUUGCCACAUGGCAAAAAAAAUGUCAUAUGUCACAUGACAAAAUCAAUUUUGCCACAUGACAAAAAAAAUGCCACAUGGCUAACAAAUGCCUCAUGGCAAAAUCCAUUUUGCCACAUGGCAAAUACCACUUUUGGUUCUCGCUGUCUCUCCUUGGUUUAGCAGAGCAACAUGACCUUUUCAACACACGGGGGCUGCUGUUAGAGUGACGAAAGGGAAACCCCGCCCUUUCACUAUGAAUGACAUUUAGCAAUGUUACAACACACAUAUAUUUAACACAAGAGCGAAGUUUGCCCCAACAUGACGACAUUUAUGUAUCGCCGUCAGGGUUUCACAAUGACGUGGGAGGUCGAAAUUAUGGCACUCCUGGAAUUUUACCAGAAAAUACACAAUUUCUCCCAGACAUUAAUGCAUUUACAAAUGUUUUCAGUACGAAUGCUUUGAUUUUUUUGGGGAUUUGCUUUGGAAAAUCACAAAAAAAAGCUGGUUCCAUGAGAAAAAAAAAUCUGGAUUUAACUAGGGUUAUAGAUAUUAGAGCGCUUAUAUUACACAUAUUCAUUUUGAUUUUUCUUUUUCUACAAAUUUGAAAAAAGUACCAUUUGGACCUUAUUUUUUAAGUUUUGGGAUUCUCUGACAAUUACUUCAUGUUGCAGGCAUUAAGGGGAUAAUAAACGGUCAUAUUAUAGGCUUCACUGUUGCAUUAUAAUUAUGCUGAAUGCUUUACCCUCAUAAAAGAUAUCAAAGAAAUCACACACACACACACAGAUACAAAGCCGUUUUGACAAGGUCAGAGCCGCUAUCCGACUCCAUCAUUUUCAUUUCAUAACGUUAGCCUGUGGCCUGGCUACCAGUAGAAAGCACCCUUUCCUAAAAUUGUGAGAACCAGGGAGGAAAGCAGGUGAAAGCCCGUUUGGAGGCCGCCAAGAGUCUACUUAAUGUCGGGUGAAAGUUUGGCGAAGUUCCCUCAAGCCCGACUCCAUCACGUUUGUUUGUAGCGUUAGCCGCUAGUGUUAGCCUCCCGGGCUUCUGUUUGUUCAAGUUCCUGAUAACCACGUAACUUCAUACCUGAGCAUACCGACUACUUUCUUAAAGGGGAAUGAACAUAGCUGAAGAACACUGAGUCAAAGCGGGAUUAUUUAAAAGACGAUAUUGUCUUGUUUUAUUAAAUUACCGAAUUUACCGACAUGGUCAAAAUUACGUCGGUCAUCGUGAAGAAUUUCGGUAACGGUAAAUUUUCGGUAUACCGCCCGGCUUUAUAGUCCAGUGCUAUGAACAAAUGCCGUUUUCGUGCCAAAUUUGGUGGGUGGAUGAUUAAGAGAAAUAAAAAAAGCCAGAUUAGUGUUUGCCUAAAUGUACCUGAGUAAGCCUCAAUCCUUCUGGGAGAAAGUUUUUCAGGACAGAUGAGACUAAAGUACUGCUUUUUGGAAAAGCACGUCAUUCUACUUUUAAUAGAUAAAAGAAUGAGGCCUACAAAGAAAAAAAACACAGAGCCUACAGUCAAACAUGGUGGAGGUUCAAUGAUGUUUUGGGGUUGUUUUGCUGCUUCUGGCACUGGGUACGUUGACAUAAUGUAAGCAGUCAUGAAAUCUGGCGACUAUCAAAAUGUUUUUGGCCGCAAUGUAGGGUGUAGAGUCAGAAAACUGGGUCUGCAUCAGAGGUUAUGGGGGUUCUAACAGGACAAUGACCCAAAAUAUUGCAAUGAAGUGUUCCAAAAUUCCAUUUUUCCAAAGGAUGUGCAAACAAAUAUUGAAUUGAGGGUGCCAACUAUUUAAUCCAGCCUAAUUUUUUUGUCUAAAAUGGUGUCAAUUUUGGCUUUUUUCCCCCUCAGCUUUUUUGUUUUUCCAAUGCACCUCCAAGAAAUAAACACAAUCGUACUGAACACAUUUGUAAUUGUAUUAAUUUCUGUGAAAAACACUGUAUUUUCUGGAAAAAUUCCAGUGGCGCCAAUUAUUUCGUCCAUGUCUGUAUACUGUACAUAAAGCAAUGCUGUUAACUGAAAAACUAAAGGUGAUUUCCUGACAAUUAGGACAAUCGGGUAACUUUCCUAAAAUUUAACCACUUUGGGAACUCUUGGUGGCAUGCUAUUGUCAUCCUUAACUAGGUACAUUGUGUUUUCACUUAUACACUUUUUUUCCAAGAAAAUGAUUAAAAUAUAUAUAUAAAUGUAUAUUCAUGGCAGUGCCCAUGCCGCCACACAAUGCUAAAACAUGACUUGCAGUGUCCGUGUAUGAAUAUGACCAUUGCCAAUAACCAUGUGAUGAGACUCUUUGUUCUUUGCAUGACUCGAGACACUGAUCUCCUACCUCAUGUUGUGAUAUAUAUAAAUAUAAAUAUAUAUAUAUUAAAGAUGUUUUUUUAAAUGCAAAGGACACUCUAACUGUUAAAUGAUUUAACAUUGAUAAAUACAUGAUCUGAGCUGUAAAUGCUUUUUUUUUUCUCCUCCCCUCUAUAAUACCUCACUUCUUGUAUCUUAGUGGAUUUUUUUUUUUAUUUUUUGGAGGGGGGUAUUUUUAUUUUCCUGUUCUUUGCCCUCAUUUUCAUUUUACACCUUGUACAUAGGACCCUGUGUAUAGACAAUGAACUUGGAUCCAAUUCAAGUAAAGUUCUGUAGUGUUAAGCCAUCAA